AUGCACAUUAUUAUGAACAUCUUCAAUGCAGCGAAGGAGAAGUCAUUAUGCUCAGUCUGACUAUUAGCUUUGAGUCGGAUAAUGUUACACGUUGUUCAGCGGUCAGGUUGACAACGACUCGUUUUAUAAGUAUGAUUAAAAAGACUACUGCUACUAGGCAAUGCCACCUGUUCACACUUCUUUGAAUUUGGUUGUUACUUGUGCGCGUUAGUCAAGAUGAACCGUCCAAAGCCAACAGCUCUGAGGCGUCCCAGUACUGCAAAACCAUCAGGUCACCCUCCACCGGGAGAUUUCAUCGCUCUCGGGUCAAAGAGCCAGGCAGGAGAGCCCAAAGCCCCCGCAGUCCUCCUGAAGCCAGCAUCCACAGGUUUACCUGCGGACCGUAAGCGAGAGCCUACCUCCACUCUGCCCUCCUCAUCGGGUCUGUCCAGUCUCGCCAAGCGGCCCAAGCUGUCCACCACUCCUCCAGUCAGUGCCCUAGGACGACUCGCUGAUGUUGCAGCUGUGGACAAGAGAGCAAUAUCACCCUCAAUUAAGGAACCGUCAGUGGUACCUAUUGAAGUGUCACCAGUAGUGCUGCUGGAUGAGAUUGAGGCUGCAGAGUCAGAAGGAAAUGAUGAUCGCAUUGAAGGACUGCUGUGUGGAGCAGUGAAGCAACUUAGGAUGAACCGAGCUAAGCCUGACAUCACAUUGUACCUCAGUCUCAUGUUCCUGGCCAAAAUCAAACCCAAUGUUUUUGCCACUGAGGGUAUUAUUGAGGCCUUAUGCAGCCUCCUGCGUCGCGAUGCUUCAAUAAACUUUAAAGCAAAGGGAAACAGCCUGGUGUCAGUUCUUGCUUGUAAUCUGCUGAUGGCAGCCUAUGAGGAGGAUGAGAACUGGCCAGAGAUCUUUGUCAAAGUGUAUAUUGAGGACUCGCUGGGUGAAAGAAUCUGGGUGGACAGUUCUCACUGCAAGAAUUUUGUUGACAAUAUUCAGACUGCUUUUGGCACAAAGAUGCCCCCAAAGAGUAUGCUGCUGCAGGCUGACACAGGCCGCUCUGGUGGAGAUCUCAGCGCAGGUAGCAGCCCUCAUCCCUCAACCCCAGAUGAGGAUGACAGUCAGACUGAAUUGCUGAUAGCAGAGGAGAAACUGAGCCCAGAGGAUGAGGGCCAGGUUAUGCCAAGGUAUGAUGAACUGGCGGAGAGUGUGGAGGACUAUGUGCUCGAUGUCCUCAGGGAUCAGUUGAACCGCAGGCAGCCAAUGGACAAUGUGUCCCGAAACCUGCUGCGUCUGCUCACAGCCACGUGUGGCUACAAAGAGGCACGACUCAUGGCUGUGCAGAGGCUGGAGAUGUGGCUCCAGAACCCAAAGUUGACUCGACCAGCUCAAGACCUCCUCAUGUCCUUGUGUAUGAACUGCAACACACAUGGAGCAGAUGACAUGGAAGUGAUCUCCAACCUGAUCAAGAUCCGGCUCAAACCCAAAGUUCUUCUCAACCAUUACAUGCUGUGUGUCAGGGAACUUCUCAAUGCGCACAGAGACAACUUGGGCACUGUGGUGAAGCUGGUGAUUUUUAAUGAGCUGUCAAAUGCCAGGAAUCCCAACAACAUGCAAGUCCUUCACACUGUGCUACAGCAUAGCCCAGAGCAGGCUCCAAAGUUCUUGGCGAUGGUGUUCCAGGACCUGCUCACCAAUAAGGAUGAUUACCUCCGAGCCUCCCGAGCUUUGCUGAGAGAGAUCAUCAAACAGACCAAGCAUGAGAUUAACUUCCAGUCCUUCUGCUUUGGUUUAAUGCAGGAGAGAAAGGAGAGCAGCUACGUGGACAUGGAGUUCAAAGAGCGUUUUGUUAUCCAGGUGACAGAUUUACUCACUGUCUCCAUGAUGUUGGGCAUCACUGCACAGGUCAAAGAAGCUGGCAUUGCCUGGGACAAAGGAGAGAAGAAAAAUCUAGAGGUCUUAAGGUCAUUUCAGAAUCAGAUAGCCGCCAUCCAGAGAGAUGCCGUGUGGUGGCUUCACACUGUGGUUCCCACCAUCAGCAAAGUUGGUGCAAAAGAUUACGUCCACUGCCUUCACAAAGUGCUCUUCACAGAGCAACCAGAGACAUAUUACAAGUGGGAUAACUGGCCUCCUGAGAGUGACAGAAAUUUCUUCCUUCGCCUCUGCUCCGAGGUGCCUUUGUUGGAGGACACACUGAUGCGCAUUCUGGUGAUUGGGCUGUCACGUGAUUUGCCGCUGGGCCCAGCUGAUGCCAUGGAGCUUGCAGAUCACCUGGUUAAGAGGGCUGCUGGAGUUCAGUCUGAUGAUCUGGAGGUACUGAGAGUGGAGAGGAUCCAGCUCAUUGAUGCAGUGCUGAAUCUGUGUACAUACCACCACCCAGAGAACAUUCAGCUGCCAGCAGGGUACCAACCACCAAAUUUGGCAAUAUCCACACUCUACUGGAAAGCUUGGCUCCUGUUGCUUGUGGUAGCUGCAUUUAAUCCCCAGAGAAUUGGUUUGUCUGCAUGGGAUGGCUAUCCUACACUGAAAAUGCUCAUGGAGAUGGUUAUGACAAAUAACUAUAGCUACCCUCCUUGCACCAUUGUGGACGAGGACACAAAGACGGAGAUGAUCAGCAGAGAGCUGCAGAUCUCUCAGAGAGAGAAACAAGAGAUCCUGGCUUUUGAGAGCCAUUUGGCAGCAGCUUCCACCAAACAGACCAUCACAGAGAGCAACAGUUUGCUGCUGUCUCAGCUUACAAGUCUGGACCCACAGGGUCCUCCUCGUCGACCUCCCCCACAGGUCCAGGAACAGAUAAAGAGCCUCAACCAGUCUCUGCGUCUGGGACAUCUCCUCUGCCGCAGCCGCAACCCAGACUUUCUUCUCAACAUUAUACAGAGACAAGCUUCCUCUCAGUCCAUGCCAUGGUUGGCUGAUUUGGUUCAGUCUAGUGAGGGGUCCUUGGAUGUGCUUCCAGUGCAGUGCCUGUGUGAAUUCCUUCUGCAUGAUGCUGCAGAUGACACUCUUCCAGUAGAUGAUGAUGAGGAAGGGGAAAGCAAAGAACAGAAGGCCAAGAGGAGACAAAGACAACAAAAGCAAAGGCAGCUACUUGGACGACUCCAGGAUCUUUUGUUAGGUCCUAAGGCUGAUGAACAGACGACAUGUGAAGUGCUGGAUUACUUCCUGCGUCGUCUCAGCUCUUCUCAGGUGGCAUCAAGAGUCCUAGCCAUGAAGGGUUUGUCACUGGUACUGAGUGAAGGAGGCUUAAAAGAUGGAGAGGAGAGGGAUCAGCCCAUGGAGGAAGACUCAGCUGAUGCUGAGCUGUUGCCGGGGUACCAGUGGUUGCUACAAGACCUCCCAAAGCUCCCCUUGUUUGACAGUGUCAGAAGCAUGACAUCCACGGCUCUGCAGCAGGCCAUUCACAUGGAGACCGAUCCACAGACGAUCAGUGCCUAUCUCAUCUACCUGUCCCAGCAUGCACCAGUGGAGGAGCAGGCUUCUCAUAAUGACCUGGCUCUGGACGUUGCCCGACUGAUUGUCGAACGUUCCACCAUCAUGAACAACCUGUUCUCCAAACACUCCUGCAGGCCUCAGUCUGAUGCUGUGCUUUCUGCUUUCCUCACCAUUUUCUCUACCUACAUCAAGAGGAUGAGGAAGACCAAGGAGGGCGAGGAUCUUUAUAGCUGGUCAGAAUCUCAGGACCAGGUGUUUCUGCGUUGGACUACAGGAGAGACUGCUACAAUGCACAUUCUUGUUGUCCAUGCCAUGGUUAUUCUGCUCACUCUGGGGCCACCUAAAGGGGAGAGUGAUUUCUACUCUCUCUUGGACAUUUGGUUUCCCGACAAGAAACCUCUACCCACUGCCUUCCUGGUUGACACCUCAGAGGAGGCCCUUCUGCUGCCUGAUUGGUUAAAACUGAGGAUGAUCCGGUCAGAAGUGUCUCGAUUGGUUGAUGCAGCUUUGCAAGACCUGGAGCCUCAGCAGCUGCUGUUGUUUGUUCAGUCUUUUGGGAUCCCAGUGUCCAGCAUGAGUAAACUGCUGCAGUACCUGGAUCAGGCUGUCUCCCAUGAUCCACAAUCACUUGAGCAGAACAUCAUGGACAAACACUACAUGGCUCAUCUGGUGGAGGUGCAGCAUGAGCGCGGUGCCACUGGAGGGCACACUUUCCAUGGGUUACUGAGCUCCUCUCUCCCUCCAUGCAGAGAUUCUGCUGAAACAAGUAAGGCCAGAGUUGCUGUAGAUUCAUCCCAUAGCUCUGUGAAGAUGAGAGCAGCCAGUCAGCUUCCUGCAGUCCGACCUGAUGAUGAUGAUGAUGAUAUUGCUCCUGCAUUAGAAUUUAUUGGCCAACUGGCGGAGUUGCAGCAUGAGCGGGCUGCCACUGGAGGGCGCACUUUCCAUGGGUUACUGAGCUCCUCUCUCUCUCCAUGCAGAGAUUCUGCUGAAACAAGUAAGGCCAGAGUUGCUGUAGAUUCAUCCCAUAGCUCUGUGAAGAUGAGAGCAGCCAGUCAGCUUCCUGCAGUCGAACCUGACGAUGAUCUAACUGGGAGAUUGCUCCAGAUAUUCCCCUUAAAGGUGGACCCUCGCUGGCAUGGACCCUCUCCCACCCAGCUCUCCCUGGCCCUGCAGCAGGCCCUGGCUAAAGAGCUGAUGCAAGCUAAGCAAGGCCAAAUUCAGAAGGGUGGACUAGCAUUUCGACUCCUCAAGGCCAUUGCUGCCCUGCUCAGCUCUGCCCAUGCAAGACCUAUUGUCAUGUCAAUGCACCGCAGCCAUGCCCUCUCCUGUCCUCUCAUGCGGCAACUUCAUCUCUACCAGCGUCUCGUGUCCCAGGACAUUUCUUUCUCAUCACUGUUUCUCAAAGUUAUUGUUGAGAUGUUAAUCUGGUUAGACAACCCAGCUGUGGAGGCAGGACCACUGAAGACUUUGCUUAAAUCCUUUGCUGGUCAGAACUCUCACAAACACAGGCACAAUGAUGUGCGUACAGGUUUCCUCCACCUGGCUGAGGCCCUGGCAUAUCGCACAGAUACUGAGGUGCCACUGAGAGCCAUCUUUGCUAUGCUGAAAGCUGGAGAAAGAUGUAAUGCAGAGGCUGAGCUCAUAGGAAAAGCGUUACAGGGGCUGAUGGAGGUAAGGUCGCCUUAUUUGGAGGAGCUACUAUCUUUGUUAAUGACUGUGGGCACACAGAAUGGGACAGCUGGCCCUGUUGCCAUGGUGAUUUCCUUGCUGCUCCAGGAAGGUGACGAGCGAGCUGUGAAAAAAGAAGUGGAUUCUAACAACAGCUCUGAAGUGACAAAGUCAGGACUGAGCUCUGGGCUCCUGGUUGACUGGCUGGAGCAUCUUGACCCUGAGGUCACUUCAGUGUGUCCAGACCUUCAACAGAAACUGCUGUUUGCCCUCAACAAGGCACGAGGCACCCCUGCCUAUAGACCCUACCUUUUGGCCUUGCUGACACACCAGUCAAACUGGGCCACUCUCCUGCAGUGUAUCAGUAUUCUUCUUAGCGAGCGAAGAGACUACAAACUGGAUCCAUCAUCAGCCUUGGAUUUUCUGUGGGCGUGCAGUCACAUCCCACGUAUCUGGCAAGGACGUGACCAGAAGAUCCCUCAGAAGAAAACGGAGAAGUUUGUGCUGCGUCUCAGUCCAGAGGAGCUCAUCAGCCUAGUGGACCUAAUCCUAUCAGAGUCCGAGCUCAGCAGUCACGACUCACCCCACGGUGACAAAAGCAGUGUGGACCAGGCCUCCUGCUCUCUCAUCCAGUCCAGGCUACCUCUCCUUCACUCCUACUGCAAUGGAGAUCUGGAAAAUAUCAAGAAAGUGUCAGAGUACCUCAUCAGCUGCACAAAGAAAUGGGAUGAAAGUGCAAUGAGUAAGCAGUGCCAGAACUUGCUGCUGCAGAUCUAUCUUCACUUUCCUGAGGUCAUCCAGCAUAUCACCCUGCCAGAAGGCACCUUCAGUAGUGGUGGGACUGUAGAUGGCAGCUGCAAGCUUGAUGUCCUUGUCCAUCGCCUGGUCACACUGCUCGCUGACAUAGGAGAUUCAAAGUCUGCCGAGAGUCGUGUGUCUGAUGCCAACCUUGCCUGUAGAAAGCUGGCUGUGUCACACCCUGUCCUUUUGCUCAGACACCUGCCAAUGAUUGCAGGUCUCCUACGCGGUCGCAUUCACCUAAUCAUGCAGGAGUUUCGACAGCAACACCACAUGACAUUCUUCAGCAAUGUGCUUGCCAUCCUUGAGCUACUGCAACCGCUUGUUUUCCACAGCGACCACCAGAGGGCGCUUCAAGACUGUCUCCUUUCCUUUAUGAAGGUCCUUCAGAGCACGCGUUCUCCGUUGGUGUUCAUCAACAAGUUUCUGCAGUUCACACAGAAGUACAUAACGCAUGGUGCAGCAGCUGCUAUUCCUUAUCUACAGAAGCACUCUGACAUCUUGCAAGGCCUGUGUGCAGAAAACCCAGAUUUGAUCCAGCUGAAGUCUUUACUGGCUGCUCUGACUUUGCCUGUUAAGCGCUCUUCUGUAGAGGCUGCAGCAGAAGAGAGAGAUGAUGAAUUGUCCACUGGUUCCCUGCCCCUAGUCAACAUAUCGGCCUCCGUUUCACUGAGUGCGGCCGACAUGACAAUGUACCUGAAAAAGAUGUCAAGAGGAGAAGCAGUCGAGGAUGUGCUGGAAGUGUUGACAGAGGUGGAUGAGAAGUCAAGGAGGAGCCCUGAGAUCAUUCAGUAUUUUAUUAAUGAUCUGCAGAGACUGAUGACUUCCUCUGAGGAGCUUUGUCGGAACAUGGCUUUCAGUCUGGCCUUGCGCUGCAUCCAGAAUAAUCCCUGCUUGGCAACAGACUUCCUGCCAACUUUCAUGUACUGUAUGGGCAGUGGCAACUUCGAUGUGGUACAGACUGCUCUCAGGAAUCUUCCAGAAUAUGUACUUCUCUGUCAAGAACACGCAGACAUCUUGCUUCACAAGGCCUUCUUAGUGGGUAUCUACGGACAAGUUGACACGAGUUCAAUGAUCUCAGAGUCUAUGAAGGUCCUUCACAUGGAAGCAACAACAUAACGAAGUAUAUUGCUCCACAUCUGAGUGAAAAUAGUGUCAUUCAUUAUCUGCAUUCCAGAGCUAGAUUGUUUUUUUGUUGUUUUUUUUUAUUGACUCUAGUUCAAACAUUGUUCAGAAAAAUUCCGUCUAUAAUAAGUGUAACAUUUCUCUUACUGUAAUAAAAUCACAAUUGGUGCAUUAA